UGACGGCCCAGAUCGCACGCCCCUCUUUCUAUAUAAACGCGCCUCUUGCCAGAUCGUCUUCUCUCUUUGCUCCGCCGCGACAGCGCUGCUAGGGUUUUCCUAUCGUUUCUGUUGCUUCCUCGGCCGCUACCGCCCACGAACAUCCUUCAAGAUGGUUCUCCAGAACGAUUUUGAUUUGCUGAAUCCGCCAGCGGAGCUUGAGAAGAGGAAGCAUAAGCUCAAGCGUCUCGUGCAGUCGCCUAAUUCUUUCUUCAUGGAUGUGAAGUGCCAAGGAUGCUUCAACAUAACGACUGUCUUUAGCCAUUCACAAACCGUGGUGGUUUGCGGUAACUGCCAGACAGUUCUGUGCCAACCGACUGGAGGGCGCGCUAGACUCACUGAGGGUUGCUCUUUUAGGAGGAAGGGUGAUUGAGAAAUGAUCAGAUCCAAUUUUCGAUGGCCUACUGUGUGUUGAAGAGCUGCGAAGUUUAGUUUUAGGGGAAAAUUUUAAGUUUCAUAUCUUCUGUUUAAGUUUCAUUUUUGGGGGGAUCUGCCAAUCCUCAGUAACAUUGCCCUGUGCUGCAUAUUUUGUUCCUUCAUAUAUGUGGAUGAUGGAUCUUUCUUAUACUGUUUUUCAUGCAGUGAA